AUGCUCCCUGAUAUUGCGUAUGCAGUUGGAGUACUUAGCAGGUUUACAAGCAAGCCAAGUAAUGAACAUUGGCAUGCCAUAAUGAGAGUUAUGAAAUAUUUGGUUGGUACAAAAUCUUAUGGCUUGAGAGUUAUGAAAUAUCUUGCUAUACUUGAAGGCUUUUCUGAUGCAGAUCGGAACAAUUUAUCUGUUGAUUCCUGUUCUACCACUAGCUAUAUUUUUACUUUGGGAGGUGGUGCUAUUUGUUGGAAAUCAAAAAAUCAAACUAUUAUUGCUAACUGUACCAUGGAGGCUGAACUAAUUGCUUUAACUUCAGCUGGUGAAGAAGCGAAUUGA